AAAGUUAAGACAAGGGAAAGGGGUUGUUCAAUAGUGUUGACAACGCCACACACUCUCUCUCCAAAAAUGGCAGUGACGACCCAUUCGACUCCACUCUCUUCCAUUCACUGAAACCACUCUCCUACAGCCAUCAUGACCCACCACCAAUCCCAGCGCCGUCGCCGUCGUCACUCCGCCGUCUGUAACCGUCAUCCCACUUCCAAACCCACCGCUGGCUUCUGCGCCACCUGUCUCCGCGAACGCCUCUCCACCAUCGAAGCUCUCUCUUCCGAUCAAGCCCCCGAGCUCCGCCGCGCUCGCUCCCACUCCGUCCGUGACGCAUCCGCCGCAGAUUUAUACCAGCCACGACGCAGAUCGUGUGACGACGGCUCUCUCCACGACCGAGACGACGAAGACGAGAGGCUAGGGAGCUCGAUUCGGAUUCCAGAUUUGAAAGAGGAGGAAGAUGAAGAUGAAGGUAGAGCGAGUAUGAGGCUCCUUGAAGAAGAAGAAGAAGACGGAGAGAAGAAGACAAUGAAGGAGUUUAUAGAUCUUGAAUCAAGAACUCGCCAAAUCAAGAAGAGCAACGACAAAGAGCCCUCCUCCUCCUCAUUCACAUCUGUCUUCACCAGAACGCUUAAGAAACUCUCUCUCAAACAACAUCCCAAGAACUCCCAAAACGGCGACGUUUACUCUAAAACAGCUCUUGGCCGUCGCUCAUGUGAUGUUGAUCCUAGAUUAUCUCUCGACGCAGGGCGAGUCUCUUUCGAGGAGCCUAGAGCGUCAUGGGACGGAUGCUUGAUCGGGAAGACGUAUCCAAAGCUGAUACCUUUAUCAUCCGUUACUGAAGAUGGUAAAGCCUCGCCGGAGGAGGAGGAGAAGAAGCCAGGCGGGACAGCUCAGACGAGGGAUUACUACUUGGAUUCGCGGCGGAGAAGAAGCUUUGAUCGGUCAUCGAGGCAUGGGUUGGUUGAUGUUGAGGAAGUCAAAGCUAAGUUGUCACCUGAAGGUGUUGGUUUGUUUCAUGGAGCUAAGUUGCUUGUUACCGAGAGAGAACUGAGAGAUUCGAAUUGGUAUUCCAUCAAAAACUACAAACCGGAGAGCUUAGAGUUAGCUUCUAAAGGUGGCCUAGGUUGUGUUGCUGGUGGUGGUGAGGUGAAGCAGGAUGGUUUUGGUUUGAAGAAGAGUGGAAAGAAAUGGGGGAAAGGAUGGAAUCUUUGGGGGUUGAUUCAGAGGAAAGCUGAUACAGAAGUUAAAACCGAGCAAAGUUUGAAACUUGGAGGAAAUGCAAUGGAGGGUUCUCUUGCUGAGUCUCUCUUGAAGCUUAGGAGAGUGGCUAAAGGAGAAAGCUACGGUGAUGUUAGCGAGAAACUCUUGAGAAGUUACAGCGUUAGUGCAAGGAAGUCUUGUGAUGGUGCCAUGUUUCAUGGUGCUUCUAUUGUUAAUGGCUUUGAAGGUAGAAGAAGCUCUUGUGAUGGUCUGUUCCAUGGGUCUAUUACUGCUGGUGCUGAGGCUGGAAGGAGAAGCUUGUGCGAAGAUAAACAGAAUCAUCUUCUUGGGAGAGACGCCAAGCUUGGUGGUACUUACUCGCCGGAUAGCCUCAGAAACGGUAUGGUUAGAUUCUACUUGACGCCGUUGAAGAGCCAUGUGACAAGCAACUCUGGGAAAAGUAGGCUGAUGAAUUAGUCUGAUGAUCUGUGAUGGAUAAUUAUAUUUGAUAGUACUGUGUUGUAAUUAGCCAUUACCAAUGUAUGUUUACUUUUUAUCCCAUUACUCUAUAGAUAAUAUGCUUAUCUUUGUUCUAUCUACUUUCUAUGUGUGAUCAAAGUUCUCAAAGUUUAAUACUAUGGUGAUUUUGUU